AUGUCAUCACCAAACUCCAACCCAAUCCUUUCACUCGCAGAACCUCAAGAUGCCCGCGAGCUUGCUGCCAUUACCACGAGAGCCUUUGAAGUAAGCGAUACUAUAUAUCCGAUUAUAUGGGGAAACACCGAGCCUGGGGUUCAUGAUACCGCUGUGAUGUUGUUGUUCAAUCCAAUGCAGAGUGAAACUAUAGUUACGUGGAAAGUGGAGAUCGAAGGGAAGAUCGUGGGUUAUGCUCGGUGGUCGUUACCUAAAACUUCUGAAGUCGCUGAGAUAGACAUGAGUGAGAAUAAAGAAGAUGAUGGAGGCGCCGCAGCGCAGCACAAGAAGAAAGUAGAGGAGGGAUGGAAGACACCUGCUGGUAUGAACUUCGAUCUAUUCAUGCAAAAGGUGAAGAGUACAAUUGAGUGUAAGAAACGUGAUUAUAAUGCAGAAAAAGACAUGUUUCUCUAUCUCUGUUUCGUCGAUCCAGCAUACCACAAACAAGGAAUAGGAAAUCUACUGCUUAAAUGGGGACUGAGUAUGGCAGAUAAGGAAGGCAGAAAAAUAUGUUUGAUUAGCACCCCGCAAGCUCGGAUUUUCUACGAGAAGAGUGGAUGGUUAGUAAAGGAGAGCCUAGAGAUAAAUCUGGACGCUUAUGAGAGAAGCGAAAUCUAUCAACGGAGUUGGAUGAUCAGGGAAGCUCGAGACAAAGAAGAAUUGUAG